GCCGAGGCAAGCAUAGCUGCACAUGAUACAUCCAACAUCCACUCCUUCUUCAUAUCCUUCUCCUUCUUUGCGACCCCAUCAAUCCGGCCACAAUGCCUUCAACACGUCAAUUCCGCACAAUCGGCCUCAUCGCCUUCCUGACCAUCGCGAUCAUCUACUACCUCUCCUACGGCGCGUCGAAUACCCACGAAUCCGCAUUCUACACACGCACACGCGCCGCAAUCGAUCGCAAGAAAUCAGCGCUGGAACGCGACCGCGUUGUAGCCGAUGAGCGAGAUCGCGCAGAAAGGGUGGAGCGAUUGCGAAAAGAACACGAUAAAGCAGUCGCAGACGAUGAAGCCGCGGACCUGACGAGCAGCGAGAGCAAGACGAAAGCGAAAGUUGAGCCCGCGUAUACUGAAGUCGUGGCUGGUGGAGAGAAGAGGGUCAAGGGACAGAAGCCAUUGAUGAGGCCUGGGAAUGAGAAGGUCGUUGAAGGCGUUCCCGAGGGCAUUGCGGAUGACGAUGGGGUGGCGAAGGUUGGGAAUGUGAAGAAGCCAAAGACAGCGACAGAGGACGAAGACGAAGAAGCAGCUCGCAAGAAGCGAAAAGAGGAAGAGGAAAUUGAGACGGAAUUGAAUGAUAUUCUGCGCAAAGGGCCUAUAAUCGUGUUCUCGAAGUCGUAUUGCCCGUACUCCAAGAAGGCGAAACAUAUUCUGCUGGAUCUGUACGAGAUUACGCCGAAGCCAUACGUGGUCGAACUGGAUAUUCAUGAAUUGGGACCUGGGCUGCAAAGGCAUUUGGCAAAGAGCACUGGACGAAGGACCGUGCCGAAUGUGCUGGUCAAUGGAAAGUCGAUCGGUGGAGGAGACGAUAUCGAGGAGCUGCAUGAGAGUGGGAAGUUGGCGGAGACGCUGAAGAGUAUGGGUGGGAAGAGGGUGAUGGGCGUAGAUCGAAAGAAGGACUGAGGGAGAGCGUAAGUGAACAGGGGUGAAGAGGCGUGGUCAUAUCGACUGUGAGGUGACAUUGGGGAGACAGCAAAGCGAUUGGCCAUAUCUUCGAGAAAAAGAUUAUGAGAAAAUUGCAAUGGCUUCCGCGAUAUGUCGCUGGGCUGCGACAGCUCGUGUGGUCAAGCAUGAGCGCGCGUCGGCGCAAAACGGAUGCAGCGAAGGCACUCCGUCAAGCGAAGAAUGGAUGCCAAAGGCAAGACUUUGGCAAGAAGAUACGCAGAGAACGCCAUAUGGAUGGCUACGGGGAAGAAGCAGAGUGAAAAGAUUGAUACCCAGUUGGAAAAGCAAUCUCUUUAUUGUAGCAGCGCCGAAGACAGACCAAGAAAUGACACAUCGUCUACAGCCAG